GUGCCUGUUCUUGCUAAUAAGAAAAAUCACAAGUCUUUGCCGUAUUUUGUUUCACAAGACAUGGAGCAUCAUGUGGAAUAUAUGAAGAAUAAGAUACACGUUGUAAAAGGUCUUUUAUCUGGAAAGACCCUUCUACCCAUCCCUACAGUUGCAACACUUAAUGAACCAAGCAUAAAUUGUACAUAUAACAAGGAAAAUGAAAGGACAGCACUUCAUGCAUUUGAAUCAAUGGUCAUACAAUGGGCCUAUCAGAUCCGGGAUGUACUUGAGAGAGACUCUUCACAGCCUCUUCUACAAGGUUAUAAUCCAGGUCCAGAAACGGAACUUAAUUUCUGGAAAGAAAGACGAGAGAAUAUUGCUUGCAUAUAUGAGCAGCUUCAGUCUCCUGCUGUUCAAAAAAUGGGUGCUAUCUUGGAAGAAAAAGAGAGCAGUUACUAUCCAACUUUUAAGAACCUUAUUGGAGAGGUAAAGAAGGCACUUAUUGAAGCAAAAGAUGUUGACCUACACCUGAGAGUUCUAAGACAACAUAUACAGUUAUUGGAGGAAACAGAAUUUCCGCUAAUCUACAUAUUAAUGUCUCCUUUACUUCACACCAUCUGUCUCAUCUGGAGCCACUCCAGGUUUUACAAUACACCUGCAAGAAUUAUUAUUUUACUGCAGGAGUUUUGCAACUUUCUCAUCGAUCAGUCAAGAUCAUAUCUUGAACCAGAAGACCUUUUUAAAUCAGAAACAGAAGAAGCCCUGGAACAAGUACAGAUAGCACUGAAUGCUCUCAGGAGCUUCCGAAAUUCAUUUCUGUAUCACAGAAGCAAGUUGGGGACGUAUUACUCAGAUAUCCAAGACAUUAAAACAUGGGACUUUCAAUCUCAAAUGGUGUUUGCGAGAUAUGACAGAUUCCUUGAACGCUUAACGAAGAUUGAGGAUAUAUUUGUUACAAUGCUUGAAUUUCAAAAACUGGAAAAAAUUGAGUUUGGUGGAAGCAAAGGAAAUGUCUUAAAUGAACAGAUUUUGAUUCUGAAUGAAGAUUUCAUUGCAAGUUGUAACGUUUUUAAAGACAGUGCACAAGACCCAACUGAUUUUGCCAAUCUGAAAUUUGAAAAUGACUACUUUGACUUUAAGGCCAAAGUGUUGGAUUUUGAGACACAGCUUGCAACACUUCUUUGUUUAGCUUUUAAGGAUUGUUCUGGGUUAGAAUCUGCAUUCAAGUUGUUGGCUAUUGCUGGCUAUUUUCUGGAAAGACCUGUUAUACUGGAUAUAUUCAGCCCAAAUUAUGUUAUUCUUCUUCAUAUGUAUGAUAAAGAGUUGGAUAAGUGUAAUCAAUUGUAUAAUGAGCACAUGAAACAGGUGGACAAUGUAGUCGUGCAUAAAAAUAUGCCAAAAACAUCUGGUAUUCUGAAAUGGAUAAGGGAACUUAAGGACAGGAUACAGAUUUCAUGGUCAAAUUUCAGAUUUAUUCAGCAUCCAUGCAUGGAAAGCCCUGAUGCUGCAUUAAUUUAUCAGAAAUACAUGGAGAUGAUGACAUUAUUAGAUCAUUAUGAAGAAUCUGUGUAUGAGAAAUGGAGAUCUGAAGUUGAUGAGAUCUGUGCAUUCAAUCUGGAUAGGCCAUUAAUUAAACGUAAUCCUGACAAUGGACUUCUGAGUGUCAAUUUUGAUCCAAAGCUUGUGGCUGUGUUACGAGAGGUUGAAUACCUGCAGAUACUACAUCAAACAGAGAUCCCUACAGCAGCAUUAGUAAUCUUUGAAAAGAGGGAGAUUUUACACAAGUAUAUAAGAAGCCUGGAUCUCAUAGUUCAGUGGUACAAUAAACUAAAACAAACUGUUCUAGAAGUUGAAUAUCCCUUAAUUAAAGAUGACAUGUUGUAUCUCAACGAGCAACUCCAAGAUGCAGAAGAAUAUUUUACAUGGAAGCAGGAGAAUUGCUGGGAUUAUAUAGUUAAAGUGAAAACCAUAGUGCAUGACCUGGAAAAAAGAGUACAGCAAUCAAAAGACAACAUACAAGCAAUCCAGCAAAUCAUGAAGGCCUGGGCAGAUGAUAUCUUGUUUUCACGUAAGGAGAACAGGAAGGAUGCACUGAUAAAUCUAGAGGAUAAAGCUGAGAGACUGAAUAAGAAAUACAAAUUCAUUCAUGAGGAUGGAAAUAGAAUUCAGAGUCUUGCUGAGGAAAAUAUGAAACUUUUGAAGGCUGAUCCAGAUUUAGAUACUUGGAAAAUGUAUGUGGAGUACAUUGAUGACAUUGUAACUGAUGGUUUAUACAAUACUAUUUUACAAUCCUUGGACUUCUUGUUGGAGAAUACGGAUGUGAAAUUAAAACCAUCUCCACUGUUUGAAGCACAGAUGAUUCUUAAUUCUAAUGAAAUUGUAUUCAAGCCUUCGCUACAGAAGGAGGAUGCAGAUGGAUUAUAUGACCUCAUGGAAGAGCUUUUAGGUGACAUUUUUAAAAUAUCAGGUCAAGUACCGAGAAUUGCAAGACAUUUCCCUACUGAUAAUUACCAGAAUGAUAUGGAUCAGAUGAUAGACCUAUCUGAAAUCCGUCAGGAAAUUAUGGGGAAAGUGACAACCGUUAUCAUUAAAGCUAUGGAUUACAAAAGCACAUUUGACUCAUAUUCCUAUUUGUGGACAGAUGACAGAAUGGAAUUUCUGAGACAAUUUCUGCUUUAUGGUCAUGUACUAACACCAGAGGAAAUUGAAGCCCAUGGUGAUGAUGGAGUCCAAGAAAACCCUCCUACUAUUGACCAAUUCAAGGAGCAGAUUGAUAUAUAUGAAAAUCUGUAUGUUCAGAUUAGCUCUUCUGAUGACACCAAAGUAUUUGAAAACUGGUUUCGUGUGGAUCUGAAACCUUUUAAGAUGUCUUUAUUACUAAUGAUAAAAAAAUGGAGUUGGAUGUUUAAGGAGCACCUUCUCAGAUUUGUCAUUGACAGUCUGACAGAUUUAGAAGAAUUUAUCAAGGUGACUGAUGUAGGUCUCCUGAAGAACGUGCCUGAUGGAGAUUACAAUGCCCUAGUAGAAGUCAUGGUGCAUCUCCUAGCUGUGAGAGACCGUCAGAAAGCAACUGAUGAGCUCUUUGAGCCUCUGAAACAAACCAUUACAGUAUUGGAAAGUUAUGGACAGAAAAUGCCAGAUCAGGUUUAUACACAGUUGGAGGAACUGCCAGAAAAAUGGAAUAACACUAAAAAAAUUGCUGUUUCAAUUAAACAUGAUGUCGCUCCACUGCAGAUAGCAGAAGUCUCUAUUAUCCGCAAAAGAUGUGUUGCAUUCGAUAAGAAGCAGGUACGAUUUAGGGAGAGCUUUUGUUUGGAAGCGCCUUUCUCGUAUCAUGCUGUAAAACCAUAUGCCCUUCUAGAUAAGGCAAACCAAGACCUGAAAUCUCUGGAGCAAGAAAUGGAACAUAUGAAGGAAUCAGCUAACCUUUUUGAAGUUGCUGUUCCAGACUACAAGCAAAUGAAAAAGUGCAGAAAAGAAAUAAAACUAUUGAAAGAGUUGUGGGAUAUUAUAUGCUAUGUUAGGUGUAGCAUUGAUGACUGGAUUAAAACUCAGUGGAUGCAAAUUAAUGUGGAGCAGAUGGAUGUUGAACUGAGAAGAUUUGCAAAGGAAAUGUGGUCACUAGACAAAGCAGCACGCUACUGGGAUGGAUACAUGGGCCUAGAUUUAACUAUAAAAAACCUGAUCACUUCUCUAAGGGCUGUAACUGAUCUACAGAAUCCAGCAAUUAGAGAAAGGCACUGGAACCAGCUAAUGAGAACCACAAAGGUACAAUUUGUAAUGAGUGAACACACCACCUUAUCAGACCUUCUAGCGCUACAGUUGCAUAAAGUUGAAGAUGAAGUGCGUAAUAUUGUGGACAAAGCAGUGAAAGAGAUGGGAACUGAGAAGAUACUUACAGAGAUUAAUCAAACAUGGACUACAAUGGAGUUUUCAUAUGAAAAGCAUCACCGCACAGGCACUCCACUCUUAAAAAUAGAUGAGAAUCUCUUUGAAACUUUGGAUAGCAACCAGGUCCAGUUGCAGGCAAUUAUGCAAAGCAAGUAUGUUGAAUAUUUUAUAGAGCAAGUGUCAAGUUGGCAAAAGAGACUAAACGUGGCUGAUUCUGUGAUUUAUAUUUGGAUGGAAGUCCAACGUACUUGGUCUCAUCUAGAAAGCAUUUUCAUUGGUUCUGUAGACAUCAGAAACCAGCUUCCAGAUGAUGCUAAACGAUUUGAUGGAGUAGAUGCUGACUUUAAGGAACUGAUGUUUGAAACGGAGAAAAUUAAAAAUGUGUUGGAUGCAACAAACAGACGCAAUCUGUAUGAAACUCUUGAGAACAUCCAAAGCAGGCUUUCUCUCUGUGAAAAAGCAUUGUCUGAAUACUUGGAAAUAAAGCGUUUAGCUUUUCCUCGGUUUUACUUUGUCUCUUCUGCAGACCUAUUAGAUAUUCUGUCUAAAGGCACGCAGCCCAAAAAGGUGACACGUCAUUUAGCCAAACUGUUUGACAAUAUUGUUGAUCUUGAGUUUAAAGAACACGAUGCAAAUGAGCUUACAGACUUAGCAUCUGGGAUGUACAGCAAGGAGAAAGAAUUUGUUUCAUUCAGUGAGACAUGUCACUGUACUGGCCAGGUAGAGCAUUGGCUAAAAAAGAUUGAAGACACAAUGCAGGAAACCAUACGAUACCACAUCACUGAGGCUGUGACUGCGUAUGAGGAGAAACCCAGAGAUCAGUGGAUAUUUGACUACCCGGCUCAAGUUGCACUAACAAGUUCACAAAUCUGGUGGACUAUUGAUGUCGGAAUUGCUUUUGACAGAUUAGAAGAAGGCUUUGAAACGGCUCUUAAGGAUUACAACAAAAAACAGAUUACACAGUUAAACGCCCUCAUUACCAUGUUAGUUGGUGAACUCACUGCCGGCGACAGACAGAAAAUCAUGACAAUCUGUACAAUAGAUGUGCAUGCCAGGGAUGUGGUUGCAAAACUUGUCACUCAUAAGGUGACCAGUGGGCAAGAUUUUGCAUGGCUCUCUCAACUGCGCCAUCGUUGGGACGAAAAACAACAACAUUGCUUCGCUAACAUAUGUGAUGCACAGUUCCAGUACUCUUAUGAAUAUUUAGGCAAUACUCCCCGCCUGGUCAUCACUCCUCUGACUGAUAGAUGCUACAUCACCCUUACUCAGUCCCUUCAUUUGACUAUGAGUGGCGCUCCUGCGGGCCCAGCUGGGACGGGAAAAACGGAAACGACUAAAGAUUUAGGUCGAGCGCUUGGCAUCAUGGUUUAUGUUUUCAACUGCUCUGAACAGAUGGAUUAUAAGUCUGUAGGAAACAUAUAUAAAGGCCUGGCUCAGACAGGAGCCUGGGGAUGCUUUGAUGAGUUUAACCGGAUUUCAGUAGAAGUUUUAUCAGUUGUGGCAGUGCAAGUGAAAAGUAUUCAAGAUGCCAUUCGGAAUAAGAAAGAGAGAUUUCUGUUCCUGGGAGAAAACAUCACAUUGAAGCUAUCAGUUGGAAUAUUUAUUACUAUGAAUCCGGGAUAUGCUGGUCGAACAGAACUGCCUGAGAAUCUCAAGGCUCUCUUUAGGCCAUGUGCCAUGGUUGUCCCAGACAUAGAGCUGAUUUGUGAGAUAAUGUUGGUUGCUGAAGGUUUCAUUGAUGCUCGGCCAUUAGCCAGGAAAUUUAUUUCACUGUACACAUUGUGUAAGGAGCUACUGUCUAAGCAGGAUCAUUAUGAUUGGGGCCUCCGGGCAGUAAAAUCUGUUUUGGUUGUGGCAGGUUCCUUAAAACGAGGAGACAGCAACAGGCCUGAAGAUCAGGUUCUUAUGCGAGCUUUAAGGGACUUCAAUUUGCCUAAGAUAGUAACAGAUGAUAUCCCAAUUUUUAUGGGUCUGAUCAGUGACCUGUUUCCAGCAUUGGAUGUUCCAAGGAAGAGGGACCUUCAGUUUGAACAGAUGGUUAGACAAUCUACCCUGGAGCUUCAGCUGCAACCUGAGGAGAGCUUUAUUCUCAAAGUUGUUCAGCUAGAUGAGCUUCUUGCUGUCCGUCACUCUGUCUUUGUGGUUGGAAAUGCAGGAACAGGAAAAAGUCAGGUAUUGAGAACUCUGAAUCGGACGUACAAAAAUAGGAAUCAGAAACCUGUGUGGAGUGACUUGAACCCCAAGGCAGUUACCACUGAUGAAUUGUUUGGUUUUAUUCAUCCAUCUACAAGAGAGUGGAAAGAUGGGCUUUUAUCAUCUAUAAUGAGAGAGCAGGCAAACUUAACUCAUGAAAGCCCCAAAUGGAUUGUUCUUGAUGGAGACAUAGACCCAAUGUGGAUUGAAUCACUAAAUACAGUAAUGGAUGAUAACAAGGUCUUGACCCUUGCUAGUAAUGAAAGAAUUCCACUGACUCCAACCAUGCGUCUUGUUUUUGAGAUUCAUCAUUUAAAAACUGCAACCCCUGCUACUGUUUCUAGAGCUGGAAUUCUCUAUGUUAAUCCACAGGAUCUUGGCUGGAACCCGUAUGUUACCAGCUGGAUAGAAACCCGAAGUAACCAAAAUGAAAAGGCUAAUCUCACUAUUCUGUUUGACAAAUAUGUGCCACCAUGCUUGGAUCAGUUUAGACUCAACACUAUUAAAACGGUCACUCCUAUCUCUGAGAAUAGCAUGGUACAGACACUGUGUUCUCUUCUUGAGUGUCUUCUAACACCGGAAAAUGCGCCACAUGACUCAUCGAGGGAGCUGUAUGAGUUGUACUUCGCUUUUGCCUGCAUCUGGGCCUUCGGAGGUGCCCUGCAUAAGGACCAGCUUACGGAUUCUAGAACUGAAUUCAGUCAUUGGUGGAUAAAAGAAAUGAAAAACAGUGAAAUUUCCCACCAAGGAUCUAUUUUUGAUUUCUAUCUUGACAGCCAAACCCGAAAGUUCAUUCCAUGGACAGAGAAAGUUCCUACAUUUCAUAUGGAUUUAGAUACCCCUUUACAUGCAGUGUUUGUUCAUACUUCAGAAACUGUGCUUGGUUACUUUACUGAUCUGCUGAUACAGAAAGCCAGGCCAGUAAUGCUUGUUGGUCCAGCAGGAACAGGAAAGUCAGUAUUCAUGAGUGACAGGCUAGCUUCACUUUCUGAUCAAUACACAGUCUCCAAAGUACCUUUCAAUUAUUAUACCUACUUCCAGCAGCUUUACAAAGUAAGGAUCCUUGAAAAGCCACUAGAGAAAAAAGCUGGACGUAACUAUGGUCCUGUUGGAAACAAGAGGCUUGUCUAUUUUAUUGAUGAUAUGAAUAUGCCUGAAAUUGAUAAAUACGGAACUGUUCAGCCUCAUGCUCUCAUUAGACAACACAUUGGUUACGGACAUUGGUAUGAAAGACAAAAGAUGACUUUAAAAGAAGUUCAUAAUUGUCAAUAUGUGGCGUGCAUGAAUCCAACUGCUGGAAACUUCACCAUUAAUCAGCGGUUACAGAGACAUUUCACAGUAUUUGCUGUUAAUUUCCCUUCAAAUGAUGCCCUUGAAACUAUAUUUAGCAAGAUUCUCAGUUUUCACUUCCUACAGCAUCCGUUUAACCCAUCAAUAGUGCGGACCAGUCCAUCUAUCAUCCAGGCAGUGAUGUGGCUAAAUCAGAAGAUGGUGCAAAAUUUUCUUCCAACUGCUAUAAAAUUUCAUUAUAUUUUUAACAUGAGGGAUAUUACCAAUAUUUUUCAGGGAAUUUUAUUUGCUACAGCAGAGUGUCUGAGGCAGCCAAAUGACUUGAUCCAUUUGUGGCUUCAUGAGUCUUCAAGAGUCUAUGGAGAUAAAUUAGUGGAAUCAAAAGACUAUGAUUUAUUUAAAAUAAUUCUUCUUGAUACUGCACGGAAAUAUUUUGAAGGUGUAGAGGAUCAAGUACUGUUACAGCAGCCUCUCAUAUUUUGCCACUUUGCAAAUGGAGUUGGGGCACCUUCAUACAUGCCAGUUAAAGGAUGGGACAUGCUAAAGAGGACGCUUUUGGAGACUUUGGACAGCUACAAUGAGCUUAAUGCAGCAAUGAACCUUGUAUUGUUUGAAGAUGCCAUGCACCAUGUAUGUCGUAUUAGUCGUAUUUUGGAAGCGCCUAGAGGAUAUGCCCUCCUGAUUGGUGUUGGCGGCAGUGGGAAACAAAGUUUGUCCAAACUAGCAGCAUACAUUGGCUCUCUUGAAGUGUAUCAAAUCACUUUAAAGAAUGGUUAUGGGAUACAAGACCUGAAGGUGGAUCUUGCCAAUUUGUACAUCCGAACUGGAGCCAAGAACAUGCCCACUGUGUUUUUGCUGACAGAUGCCCAGGUUCCAGAUGAGCGCUUCCUCGUUCUGAUUAAUGACUUGUUGGCAUCAGGAGAAAUACCUGAUUUGUUUAGUGAAGAGGAAACUGACAGUAUUAUAUCCAGCAUCCGAAACGAGGUGCGAGGCCUUGGGCUAAAUGACUCCAGAGAAAGUUGUUGGAAGUUCUUUUUAGAGAGAGUGCGACUUCAGCUUAAAGUCAUUUUGUCCUUCUCUCCAGUCGGUUCCACUCUACGAGUUCGAGCUCGGAGGUUCCCAGCCAUAGUUAACUGCACAGCUAUUGACUGGUUUCACGAGUGGCCGCAGGAGGCCUUGCAAUCUGUCAGCAGGAGGUUCAUUCAAGAAACAGAGGGGAUUGAGGCAAAUGUAAAAGAUUCAAUCAGCCAAUUUAUGGCAUAUGUACAUACCAGCGUUAAUGAAAUGAGUGCAAAAUAUUAUCAAAAUGAGAAACGGUAUAACUACACCACUCCUAAAAGCUUUCUGGAGCAAAUUACAUUAUACAAAAAUCUAUUAGACAGGAAACGGAAGGAAUUGUCUCAGAGAAUGGAGCACCUAAUAAACGGUCUGCAGAAACUAAAGACUACAGCAUCACAGGUAGAAGACCUUAAAGCUAAACUUGCUUCUCAGGAGGCAGAAUUGAAACUAAGGAAUAAUGAUGCCGAGGCUCUGAUAGCAAAAAUAGGGCGUCAGACUGAGAAAGUGAGUCAAGAGAAGGCUAUUGCAGAUGCAGAAGAACAAAAGGUUGCAGCUAUACAAAUGGAAGUAUCUGUAAAGCAAAAGGACUGUGAAGAUGAUCUCACCAAGGCUGAACCAGCAUUAAUUGCAGCCACAGCAGCUCUGAAUACUCUAAACAAGGUCAAUCUCGCUGAGCUAAAAGCCUUCUCAAAUCCACCAUCUGCUGUCAUCAAAGUUACUGCUGCAGUUAUGGUUUUGCUGGCUCCAAGAGGCCGAGUGCCCAAAGACAGAAGCUGGAAAGCAUUUAAAGUAUGCAUGGGAAAGAUUGAUGAUUUUUUACAGUCUCUAGUAAACUAUGACAAAGAACACAUUCAUGAGAACUGUCUGAAGGUGACAAAGGAGCAGUAUCUCAAAGAUUCUGAAUUUAAUCCUGAUCUGGUUCGCACCAAGUCUUUUGCAGCCGCAGGUCUCUGUGCUUGGGUUAUUAACAUUGUGAAAUUCUAUGAGGUAUACUGUGAUGUGGAACCUAAACGUAGGGCAUUGUCCCAAGCCAACCACGACCUCAAGGAAGCAACUGAAAAAUUAGGAGCUAUCAGGAAAAAACUUCAGGAUCUGGAUAACAAUCUGAAAAAACUUACAAAUUCAUUUGAAAAAGCAACAGCUGAGAAGAUCCGUUGUCAGGAAGAAGUGAAUCGAACAAACACCACUAUUGAAUUGGCCAAUAGGCUUGUGAAGGGGCUAGAGUCAGAAAACAUACGUUGGAGUGAAUCUAUCAAGAGGUUUGAGGCGCAAGAGAAGACCUUAUGUGGAGAUGUCUUAUUGACUGCUGCUUUUGUGUCCUAUGUUGGUUCCUUUUCAAAACGAUAUCGCCUGGAAUUGAUGGAGAAUAUGUGGAUUCCGUUUCUCAAAUCUCAAAAGGUUGCUAUACCAAUAACUGAAGCUUUAGAUCCAAUUGGCAUGCUGACUGAUGAUGCUACGGUGGCAGCAUGGAAUAAUGAAGGCUUGCCUGGAGACAGAAUGUCAGCCGAAAAUGCCACAAUCUUAACAAACUGCGAACGAUGGCCUCUUAUGAUAGAUCCACAGCAGCAGGGAAUUAAAUGGAUUAAGAAUAAAUAUGGAAUUGACUUAAAAAUUCUACAUUUGGGACAGAAAGGGUAUCUUAAAAUCAUUGAAAAUGCAUUGGCAGUUGGUGAUACAAUUCUAAUUGAAAAUCUAGAUGAGACAAUUGACCCAAUUCUUGAUCCCCUUCUUGGAAGAAACACUAUUAAAAGAGGACGGUAUAUCAAGAUUGGGGACAAAGAGUGUGAAUACAGCACAAAUUUCCGCCUUAUACUUCAUACAAAGCUGGCAAAUCCACAUUACAAACCUGAGUUGCAGGCUCAGAGCACUCUUAUUAAUUUCACAGUUACUACAGAUGGGCUAGAAGACCAACUGCUUGCUGAUGUUGUCAGUAUUGAGAGACCUGACCUGGAGAGCCUUAAGUCAUCAAUAACCAAGCAGCAAAAUGACUUUAAGAUUGAACUGAAGCAUCUGGAAGAUGAGCUCUUGAUCCGACUCUCAGCAGCAGAAGGGAAUUUCUUGGGAGACAUGGAGCUGGUAGAGAGGCUUGAGACCACCAAGUCUACAGCUGCAGAGAUAGAGAGGAAGGUGGUUGAAGCAAAAGAAACGGAAAUGAAAAUAAAUGAAGCCAGAGAGCAUUACAGACCUGUAGCAGCAAGAGCAUCUCUCCUUUAUUUUGUUAUGAGUGAUCUCCGUAAAAUCAACCCCAUUUAUCAGUUCUCAUUAAAGGCCUUCAAUAUGGUUUUCCAUAAAGCCAUAAACCGUGCAGAGCAUUUCGAAGACGUCAGUGAAAGAGUUGCCAUCCUGACAGAAUGUAUCACAUACUCUGCAUUCCUCUACACCAGUCAGGGACUUUUUGAAAAGGAUAAGCUUACCUUUCUCUCCCAAAUUGCAUUUCAGAUUCUUGUAAAACUUAAAGAAAUUGAUGCAAUGGAAUUGGACUUCCUACUGAGAUUCCCCAUUGAGCACACAUACAGAAGUCCAGUUGAUUUUUUGACUACCCCGUCUUGGAGUGCUAUUAAGACAAUUUCUACAAUUGAUGAAUUCAGAGGACUAGACAGAGAUAUUGAAGGAUCAGCAAAACGAUGGAAAAAGUUGGUUGAAUCAGAAAAUCCAGAAAAAGAGAAAUUUCCACAAGAAUGGAAAAACAAAACUUCUUUACAAAAGCUCAUAAUGUUAAGAGCGCUUCGUCCAGACAGAAUGACCUACGCAAUCAGAAACUUUGUAGAAGAAAAACUUGGGUCAAAAUAUGUUGAGGGGACCCGACCAGAUUUGGCAAAAUCCUAUGAAGAAACAAGCCAAGCUACACCAGUGUUUUAUAUCCUCUCGCCAGGAGUCAACCCACUAAAAGAUGUGGAAUCAUUGGGUAAGAAACUUGGCUUUACUAUUGAUUCUGGAAAUUUUCAUAAUAUAUCGCUUGGUCAAGGUCAAGAAAUAAUAGCAGAGGAGACAAUGGAACAAGCUGCAAAACAAGGCCACUGGGUAAUUCUACAAAAUGUUCAUUUAGUGGCUAAAUGGUUGGUAACACUGGAAAAGCUACUUGUACAAUACAGCACUGAUAGUCAUGGAGAUUACAGAAUUUUCAUUAGUGCUGAGCCAGCAUCAACUCCAGACGAGCACAUUAUUCCACAGGGAAUCCUUGAAAACUCUAUCAAGAUUACUAAUGAACCACCAACAGGCAUGCUCGCUAACCUGCAUGCUGCCCUCUAUAAUUUUGAUCAGGACACCCUUGAGAUGUGCGCCAGAGAGCACGAGUUUAAAACCAUCCUCUUUUCUCUCUGCUACUUUCACGCCUGUGUUGCUGGAAGACUCAAGUUUGGUCCUCAAGGUUGGAAUCGAAGCUACCCUUUCAAUGCCGGAGAUCUCACGAUAUGUGUUAAUGUACUAUAUAAUUAUUUAGAGGCAAAUAAUAAGGUUCCAUGGGAUGAUUUACGUUACCUUUUUGGUGAGAUUAUGUACGGUGGCCAUAUAACUGACGACUGGGAUAGAAAACUGUGUCAUACAUAUUUAGAGGAGUUUAUGAACCCAGCUAUGCUUGAUGGUGAAUUGGCACUAGCUCCUGGUUUUCUUGUUCCACCCAAUUUGGAUUACAGCGGCUACCAUGACUAUAUUGAUGAGAUGCUUCCUGCGGAAAAUCCUGUGCUCUAUGGACUUCAUCCAAAUGCGGAAAUAGAGUUUUUAACAGUCACUUCCGAUAACCUUUUCAAGACCAUCCUUGAAAUGCAGCCUAAAAACACAUUCAUUGGGGAGCGUUCAGGAAUUUCUUCUGAAGAGAAGGUUAAAAAUAUAAUCGAUGACAUACUGGAGAAGCUUCCAGAAGAAUUUAAUUUGUUAGAAAUCAUGCAGAAGACAACAGAACGAACCCCGUACAUCCUUGUUUGCUUUCAAGAAUGUGAAAGAAUGAAUAUUCUCAUGCUUGAGAUUCGCAGGUCACUGAAAGAACUUGAUCUGGGCUUGAAGGGUGAAUUGACAAUUUCUUCUGAUAUGGAAGCAUUACAGUUAGCUCUGUACUAUGACAGUGUUCCUAACACAUGGACAAAACUGGCUUAUCCAUCAACAUUUGCAUUAGCACAAUGGACGAAUGAUCUUCUUUUGCGAUGUCGUGAACUUGAUACAUGGACGCAAGAUCUCGUAUUACCAGCAGUAGUAUGGCUUUCAGGGUUUUUUAAUCCUCAGUCCUUCUUAACAGGUGAGUAUGGAAAACAAAUAUAA